GAGGCGUUAGACUUAAACCCGGCGUCGCCUUGUCCAAUGGCCAUUGGCGAAGUGGAAAUCACCGACUUCUUCAGUGAGGAGCUCCUGACAAGGCUGAGGAAGGCCUUCGAAGAGUUCGACACCUCCGGCGACGGCCUCAUCGGCAAAGACGAGCUCGUGGAGCUCUUUGCGAAGCUGGGGAAGCGGCUCACCAAGAAGCAGGCAGACAUCAUCGUCAGAGAGGUAGACUCCGACUGCAAUGGCGAGAUUGAUUUUGAAGAGUUGUGCUACCUGGAGAUUGCCAUGUCUGGUGCGAAGCCGCAGGCGAACCUCAUUGACUACAAGACCUUCCUCUCAGCAAGCACUAUAGAGGAGCUGCAGCAGUGGUUCUCCUUAAACGACAUGUCGGAGGAAGGCAGCAUUACGCUCGACGACGCCCAGAAGAUCGCGGAGCAGCAAGAUGUGAGAUGCGCGCCGGAGGAGAUUCGUGAAGUCCUUGCCCAGGUGGACGAUGGCGAGGGCCGGAUCAGCCUCUCGGGGUUUUGCUGCUUCUGGGCCAUCAUCACCAACGCGCAGAAGAAAAUCAACUACCGCGAGUAUCUGGACGACCAGGAUGUGAGCCGAUUCCGGGCCAUGUUCGAGGAAGCCGCGGGAGAGACGAAACAGCUUACCCGGAAGGAGGUCUCCGACGUGCUAAAAGAGAAGGGCUUGGUCCGAACUAGGAAGCACGUGACGCGUCUCUUCGAUGAGAGCGGGUUCGACAAAAACGCGACCUUAGACUUCACCCAGCUCUGCAUUCUCCUGGUGAAGCUGCAGAAGCGCCGGAAGCAGCGGAGCUUGACGCCUCAGACCUGCAGCUGCGCGGAUUUGUAUGCCGAGGGCUUUACGGUGGAGGAGCUGGUCAUGUGUGGCUUCACGCUCCGCGAUUUCGAGCAGAUGCGGUUGCCAGCCAAGAAGCUCUCAGGCGGCUUUUCCGCGCUCGAGCUGCGGAAAGCAGGCUACUCUGCAGGAGACCUGCGUAGAGCAGGCAUGGGCCUCAUCGAGCUCAGGACCUGCGGCUUCAGCCUCUCGCAGCUGCGCACCGCCGGCUUCUCCGCCGCCGGCUUGGCGGAGGCCAACCGAACUAUGCAUAGCUGCUUCAGCGUGGGUGACUUCACGCUUUUGCCGCAGAUCGGAAAGAGCUCAUUGGUCUCGUGGAGCACUGCCACCAAGGACGUGCUCGCCGCGCAGCGCGCCACCAUGACGCCGCUCAUCCGCGAGCACACGGACGGGCGCCACAAGAUCCGCAGCCCGUUCAGCAAGAGCCUGCCGAGCUUCCAAGAGAAGCGACUCCCGGUACCCAAAUGAGGCAUUCGACGCGCGACUCGCCCCUGG